CUCUCUCUCUCUGGGGUUCCCAAAACAGGUUCACAACUCGACGUCGAUACCAUGAUCAAAGCCGGUGGAAGCCAUGGAAGGAAAGUGCUCCUUACCUUGGCGGAGACCACUGCCUGCCAUUUGCACGCAGGUAUUUGGCGAAGGAAAGUGUUCUGUGAGUGAGGACUGAUUUGAUGCGCUUCCAAAUCUUUGUCCGCGAAUCACGUGACAAAACUCGCGCAUCGCAUCAUCGCUUGCGUCGAUCAGGCAAAUGCGACUUUUAAAGUUUUACGUGUUGGAGAGUCAUUGAUGUACCAAUUAAUAGGAGAGUCAUGCGACUUUUAAAGUUGCUUUUAAGAUUGGAGGAAGUGAUCGAGUCGAUCGAUAUGGAGCCAUCGAUGAAGCACGGGAAGAAGAUCUCAUUUCUCUCCUUUGUUGGGCGGCGUCGUAUACGCCGGAGCGGACGGCUUUGAAUUCGGUUGUUCUCCGGCCCUUCUCCUUCCUUCCUUGACCAUUCUUGCCCGCUCCUCGUCCAGGUGCGCGCACAAGACCCGAUCAUGUCGGUGGAAAGCUCUCGCCUUUUAUCUUCUCAUGAGCAAUCCACAGCUCGAUUUGGAAUGGGGCAUCGGGAAGCUCUAGUUAUUGAUUGUUUCACCUCUUUUCCCUCCCUUUUUGGACUUGUCUGCAUUUCGGCUCGAUUCUUUAUGUAUGCGAUUGGCUUCAAGGAAAAAAGAAGCAAAUUUCCCUUUUUCUUCUCCUUCGGUAGAGAUAUAAACAUGAUCAGUUGCUCCGAGAUAAGAUCAAGAUGAUGCAUCCAACCUAAGCUUCAUGAAUCGGUUGCUGCUGAGUUGAGUAGCUCCCGAUGGCCCCAUUACUGUCUUUAUCACAUGAGAAGGAUCCUGCGGACUCACCUCAGUCUCUCUGCUUUACGUAUUAAGGACUUAGGGAGGCAUUUCGUCGAACAGAUGUUGUUAGUUCAUAUCUUCUAAUCUGGGAAUGAUUGUAAAGAGUAGUUCUCGUUUAACACAAUCUGUUCCGCUUUAGUUUGGUCUAGUUGAUUUCCAUACUACAACAUCGUUCCUCGAAGAGAAUUUACCUAAGUGAGAGGGAAGAAAGAGACGGUGUAUUUUCGUUCAGAUAUUACUGAAAUAGAUAGUUGGCAAGCAGUGAAUUGCUCUUUGAACUUGUCGACGAUCAUUAGAGCUCCAUGAUUGCAAUAAAGGAAAACCAACUGUGCUACAUUAUUGUACCUUAUCGAUGUCCUUGAAGCAAUGGAUGGUCCCAUUUUCAAGUUUUUGUCAGCUCUGCUCACCCUGGGUUAAUCAUGGAGAAUAUGAUUUGGGCACCUACUCUUCAUUCUCACCUGGAAGCACUGUCCAUGCAAAGUUCAAAACAAGCUUAGCUAUCUGGGAGACCACAUCAAUGACACCCCCAUUGGCACUUCUUCAAGCUGAAAGCUGGACACUUCAAUGGUGUGGAAAGAAGAAGCUUACCAAGUUCUUACUCUUACAAGGUAUCUGAGGGUUUAGUAAUUUUUACAAAGAGGAUCAGUGUCUCAGCAAAUGAUGUGUGGAAGGAUUUGUGGAGAGAUGUUAAAUGCACACAAUCGUUGCAUCAUUCUCCUGUGACAGGCUCCAUUUCUGUGAAGUUUUUGCCCGGACUGAGCCAGAAAAGGAGUGCUUGCUUCUAAUUCUAAUACAACUUCACCAUCAGUUGACUCUCAUUGACUUUUGCCAUUGCCUAAGGCAAGCAUGUAACCUCAUUGACACAGGAGCUGCAGAACCAAGCCCUCUUGUUUUUGAUGAAGUUACCAUCAACUACAACUGAGAGCAGAAGGGGGGAAAUGAAUGAAAAUUAAAUCUGCUACAUUAUGACUUAAUAUUUGCAAGGCAUACAUAUCUCCUCACAAGUAGAGAGUGUUGAAGCUUGGCAAACAACUAGUGGCAUGCACCUCCAAGGUUCUUGUUUACACCCCUUAUGUCAGUUCUGCAAAACCAGAAAACCGGGCUUUUUACCUUGAGUACAUCUCUUUAUUCUAAAGGUCCAUCUAUCUCUCUACACAUUUUUGUAGAUUGAUUCUGUAUGUCAAUGUACACAACGAAAGAGAGAGAGAGAGAGAGAGAGAGAGAGAGAGAGAGAGGAGGUACGGCAUUGAGAGAGACUUGGGGUAAAUGGUACUGUUGGUUGGACUCAUGUGAUGGCAUUUGUAGAGGCCUUGGUGUCUUGGCUCCCUGGAGCACAUGGUAGGGUUUCGGCACAGCAGAAGGGUGCAUGUGCCACCAUGUGCUGCUGCACCAGCACCAAGCUUCCCCUUCCUUCCUUCCUUCCUUAAAUGUCUGAGCCCAGAUCAUACGAAGAGGGUUUUGCCACAUCCCUUGGAAAUGGUCCUGCUGGUUCUACUCUUUGGCCCCAUCUAUUUCGCCUUCUGUCCACUGCCUCUACUUAUUUGUGUCUCUUCCAAAUCUGUCCCUUUGCCAUUCAAUUAUUUUUCGCUUAUGGACUGAUUCUCCAUGUCUCGGAAGACUGCAUUGUUAUAGGCAAUCCAUCUUGGCUUUUCUGCUCUCACCAACUCCUUAUAUGUAAGCCAUUCUUCUACCCUUGUCAUCAUUUCAAGCUACAACAAGGUAAACCAGGUCUCUCUCUCUCUCUCUCUCUCUCUCUCUCUCUAUUGCAUUACUUAUUCGUCAACAUCAUCAUAGCUUAACCUGUUUGUGAUAAUUGCGUUCUUUGAUAUCUGCAGUGGCAGCCACCUUUCUUCAACUGGAUGCAGCAGAAGGAGGCCGUUGCCGAUUCAUCUGAAUCAAAUGCUUCAGCUCAUGCAAGCUUCUUACAUGAUUAUGUUGGUUAUCUGUUGCCAGCUCUCGCUACAGCCGCUCAUAGUUUGAGUUCUUGCACUGCAACAGAAGAUGAGAAGAUCGAAAAGGCAGUAAGAUUCGAAGUUGACAUGGCGCUGGUGCUAUCAGCCAGUGAAUUCAAAUGGAGCCGAGCCUUGAGAAACAAGCUCGAGCAUCAUAGUCACAAGACGAAGCUUUGCCGAUCUCCUACAACAUCCAUUUUCGACCCACGCAUGCAAACUCUGAGGAGGAUUUUGCCCGGAGGGAGCACGAUGGGUCUGCAUGAGCUGCUGUUUGAAGCGAAGAGUUACAUGGUUUGCCUACAGCUAUAGGUGAGCAUCCUCAGGGUUCUUGUUGAGAUCCACUGAGCUCUGCUUACGUCAAAGGCUUCAGUUUGAUACUGUACACAACAAUGUAUCGUAGUUCAGAAAGCUACUCUGUAAUUAUAAUUUGAGAAUGUAAGUUUGAUCAAUGUAACAUGUUCAUCUAGUGAAUAAAAUUAUGCCUCAAAAGAAGUGGUUUUU